UGCCUGAGUAAAAACAAAUCUCAACUUCGCACUCCAUGCGAUGAGUUUAUUUUGAAAAUUUAGUACAUAAUAAAGCGAAUGAUUAGAAGGUAUUUUAAUAGUUUGUGCGUAAACGCUACAAGCAGCUACAGCCAUGAGGUCACUCUUAUUCGGCGCGAUCCAGAUCCUUUUUGUCGCUCUCGUCGGCUGCAGAACUCCAACGUCCUGCCCGAGAGGACAGUUUUUGCUGAGAAGCCAGUGUGUCCUCUGCCAUCCCACCUGCUCCGAGUGCAGGGGGCAUGAGCUGUUUGAGUGCACUACCUGUGGAGUGGAUGAAGAUGGACUGGAACGUUUCCUCAACCAAGGUCGCUGUCGGACACACUGCCCCCGCGGAUUGUAUCCUGACAGGGGUCGCUAUGCCUGCCUGCCCUGCAUAGCCAAUUGUGAACUCUGCACAGAUGGCAACAUAUGUGCCAAAUGUCGAGAACACUACAAACUCCAUAACGGGCUCUGCCAAACAGCACUCUGUGAUAUAGGACAAGUGCAGGAUCCCGAUACAGGCGAGUGUAUUAACUGUGAGAUGGGUUGCACAACAUGUUCUUCAGAAGACCCUGAAAUUUGCAGCAGUUGUGCUCAAGGUUACUUUCUUUUCAGACAUCAGUGUCGCAAGCACUGCCCUCAGAGCACAUAUGAGGAUCGAGGAAGGGGUUUGUGUUUGUCCUGCCCUACGCCAUGCACAGACUGCAGGAGUGACGCACAGUGUCUUGCCUGCCAACCGGAUUACUUCCUGAAUGGAGGCAAAUGUGUGAAACAGUGCCCUCGACAAGCCUUCAGUGACACCACUGGGUGGCGCUGUGAACCUUGCCACAGUUCCUGCCAGACAUGCCAUGGACCUCGGUCAACAGAUUGUGACCUCUGUCAUGCCAGCGAGCCUCCUCUUUACGGGCAGUGUCCAAUGGCAAACUGUCCAUUGGGGCACUAUUUUGAUGCUGAGUACGGUAAAUGUCACACAUGUGAUAUGUCCUGCAAAACCUGCUUUGGCCCACAGGCCUUGGACUGCUCCUCGUGCUUUAAAGGCUAUUUCUUGGACCAGGAAAGUUCUUGCGUGGUGCAGUGUCCCCUUGGCUCGUAUGCUAACUCUGCCACUCAGCUGUGUGAGAACUGCUCGCCAAACUGCGAGGCCUGCGUGGGCUCCAGUGAUAACUGUAUCGGCUGUUCCAAAGGCAGCUUUAAGCUCUUUCUCCACCAGGGGAGGUGCUGGUCAAAUUGCCCGGAAGGUUACUUCGAGACAGUUGAAGGAUCGUGCAGCGCUUGCGAUAAAUCCUGCCUCACAUGUGAUGGGUCCAGUACCAAGUGUUUGUCGUGUGCUGAUGGACACUACUUGGAAGGCGGCGUGUGCACACUCAACUGUUCACUGGGGGCUUACCCUGCUGACGAUGGUACCUGCAGGCGCUGCCCUGCACACUGCGAUGUUUGCUCAGAUGACAGGACCUGCUUCAAGUGCAGUUUCCUGUACCUAAUGCUGAAUGGUGCGUGUAAGGCUAAUUGUCCCCCGGGCUACUAUGAGGACAUGGAGGAGGGCCGCUGUGGUCUGUGCCACCCGACCUGUAGCAGCUGUUCUGGGCCUUUGCCAGAUGAUUGUGAGACCUGCGCCACAUUCAGUCCCAAGCUGUAUAAGGGCGCAUGCGCACCAGCGUGCCCAAUUGGCACCUACUACGAGGCUUCAGCUACCGAGUGCCAAGAGUGUCAUCAGACGUGUACGAGCUGCUCGGGUGCCAACCCAAACCAAUGCAUCCAGUGCGAACGGGGCCUGGUGCUAGAUCCGAACACCUUGCUGUGUGGUGUGACCGGUGAUAGUGACUGCCCGCCGAGGACCUUCCUGCAUGAAGACCAGUUCACUUGCAUGGGCUGCCACCGCCACUGCUACUCUUGCGAGGGGCUGGGCAGCAAUGAAUGCCUGACGUGUGCCAUCCCCAGAUACCUUCACAACAAAACGUGUGUGAACGAAUGUCCGAGUGGUACGUACACAACCAGGCAGGAGGCAGAUGGAAGCCAACUGGGGUUCUGUUUGCCAUGCGACCACGUGUGUGCCACCUGCACAGGGGCUUCGCCCAGAGACUGUCUCACUUGUUCCCCGAGAUACCUGCGCCUCCUUCAUCUAUGUGUCCGCCAUUGUCCUACAGGGUACUACAAAGCAGGCUCCCACUGUGAGAAAUGCCACCACUCCUGUGAGAUGUGCACAGGUCCCGGACCUGAGUCCUGCCGGGCCUGUCUUCCUCCCCUCCUUGAGGUUCAAGGAACCAAGCUUUGCGUGGAGCGCUGCCCUCAACGCUUCUACCGCCUCGAUGAUGCGUGCCUGCAAUGCCACAUCAGUUGCCACACCUGCACAGACUCCUCCCCUCAGAGCUGUUUGACAUGCGACAACGGCAGCACGCUUAAGAAUGGAGUCUGCUAUCCACGCUGUGAGGAGGGGAAGUACUUUUCUGAAGAGGGCACCUGCAAGCCAUGUGACAGCUCAUGCAAGCAUUGCAGUGGCCCCAGACCCGACCAAUGCCUGACCUGCCAUCAAGAUUCUGGCCUCCACGCUGUAGAGAGUCGCUGUGCCCAAUGCUGUCAACAGGCAAGAAACCACACUGACUGCUGUGUCUGCGACAGCCGCUCAGCACUGUGCGUGGAGGCACCUGAACCCAAGUCAGGAAUUGAGCCAGUAACAGACACACACAUGUCUUCAAGUGUCCUUUAUCACACGUCAGCUGCCGCGCCUCUUGCCGCGCUAGCCGUAUUGGCGCUUGCUCUCCUUGCUCUCGCCUUGGUGAAGGCUCGAGCUAGGAAACGGCUUUGUUGGAAGCAGAGUUACGAGAGACUAAGCGGAGGCCCCAGCAUGCCUCACGGUGUGCCUGAACCAGACAGCGGCGACGAAGUGGACGUGGUGUACACGAGUCGAGGCAGCUCCGUGUACCGUCGCUACAGUUUUAUCCACGAGUACGACGACAAUGCAGAUCUGCAUGUAGACGAGAGUACUCGUCUGAACCAGUCCUAAGCAAGACUCCCCGGAGAACACAAGUUAUUCAUAAUGGCACAAUAUUAAUUCAUAUGGACCUGGAAAAUCUGACAAAAAAGGUUACUGUUUUUCUAUAACAGGCCAUUGGUAAAAGUUUUUUUUUGUAGUUCAGUCAAAAGUAAAAUGUGUUUUGUUGCUUUUUAAGUUAUGUUGCUAAAGACACUUUUUUUUUUUACAUCAGGCAAAUCUCACAGAACGAUAACAAGUGUUUUUAAAAAAAAUAAUAAUUUAAACUGAUAAUUAUGAUUUUGUUUCCAAGAAUCACACAUUGGGCUAAUUAGGAAAACAUGUUUGUUGUAUUCAUGACAACAGGUGAGAAAACAGAAUAAUCAUACCAUUUAAUUGUCUGCUGUCACCAUUAUGUCACUGGCGUUGGUAGAUGACCAAAGACACACUACGUAUUUGUAAUAAAUAAGGCAUUUUGGACCUAUUGAGUGUAGCUAGGUAAUUUUGUAGAUGAGGCGGAUCCACUGGAGGGCAGUUUUCAAUUCAUCACCAAUGACCGAGACACGAAUGAUUUCGACGACGCAGUUUUUCUUCACAACUUGACAGGUCAGUAUUUUUUGUUGUGUGCAUUAGUCGUAUUUUUAAUGCAGUGGCUUACAACUUAUUACUCUAUUUUUAUAUUGCUUGACGUGUGCAGUGUUGCUUUUUUUAAACACUGUUUAUUCGAAGCUCGAUAAAACUUGUAAUCCGCCACAUUAUUAGCCACGACUGUGUUGAAGACAGGUUGUGGGAUGAACUUGGGCUAUCGGUGGCUAGUUUAUAAAUUAUAUAUGGGCAGAUGGCCCACUAGCUAGCGUUAGCCUAAAUAUUGCAUUUCAGUGCCAACACCAUGUUCGAGAUGCUAUUGUGUGGGAAAAUCAAGGGAUUUUAGGCUGGAUUACAAUUUAAAUCUUUGCCAAAUUUCUCAUAGUGGCACGUUUAAGUAAAUUCUUGGCACAAGGAAGUAAAUUGUCCAUGAAGAUUGUCCAUGUGUUGCCGUUCAAUUAGAACUAAGUGCUUGCACAUAGAAAGACAUUUUUUUUUUUUUUUUUUUUUAAAUCCACCUAGUUAAGCUUUUAAUAGUUCUAGAAUCCUGCCACCCAGUGUACGAAAAUGGUACUGUACUCUAGUACAGUACAGGCAAAAGACAAUAGCUGAGUCAAAAGUUCUGGUUGGCCUAUGCUACCGCCCUUUUAAAAUGGACAUAUUUUGGACAGCCCUGAUUCAAAACCAUGUUUUUUUUUUUUUUUUUUAACGUGCCAUGUAAAAGAACCAAAAAUCGUUUGGAAAUGGAAUUCAAACUAGGAACUGAUAAUGUACAAUACUUCAAACCAAGGGCGUAGGUUUGGUCUCAACAUUGGUAGGGAUGACAUUACCGUACUGCACAGAAUUCAAACAAUGAUCCAAAAUCCAAAUAAGGGACGACUAGCUUGACUUUGUUGUUCCUUGUAGAGGCUGGCCUG